AGACGGUCAACGCAAACACAUGUGACUAAAAUAAAAUAAUUUACGCCUCACAUUAUUCUACAACUACAAUUUCAACUACAACUUCUCUCAUCAACCACAGGUUUCAAGUUAUUAAAUUCAUUAACAGGAAAAGAUAUGCGACAUCGACCAUACAUAUAACUUAAUAAGUACCUAACAUAAGUGUGACAUAGAAAUGAGGUUGAAUGAGAAUAUUGCUAUUUCGACCAGCAAGGUCCUGCUUGUGCCAUAUGAUGCGCACCACGUACAGCAGUACCACAGGUGGAUGGAGGACCCUUCCAUCCGCGAAGCCACCGCCUCAGAACGCCUCUCGCUAGACGACGAGUACGAAAACCAGGCGUCGUGGCGCGAGUCGCGGGAUAAACUCACGUUUAUCGUGUGUGCGCCAUUACUACGCGACGAUGAUGUCUCACGUACGGACGAAAAGGGGGCAGCCGUGCUGGCGGGCGUAGGGGAUGCGGUAGGCAGGAUGGUGGGGGAUGUUAAUCUGUUUCUGAGUCCUUGGGAUGGCGAUGACGAGGGACAAGAGCAGAAACAGAAUGGAGACGGGGAGGAAGCGAAGACGUACUACACCGCGGAAAUCGACAUCAUGAUCGCGAACCCCAAGUUCCGGCGGAUAGGUCUCGGUCGCGCAGCCGUCGCUACAUUCUUGUACUUUGUACGGCGGCAUUUAGACGGCAUUCUGGCUGAGUACAUGGGUUCCCUCGACACCGCUGCCGCUAUCAGCAAGCCUGUGAUGAAAGACGUCGUGGCUAAGAUUAACGCGGAUAACAAGGCCAGCAUCGUGCUAUUCCAAGCCCUUGGGUUUAAGCAGAGAGGCGAGAGGAAUUACUUUGGCGAGAUAGAGAUGGUGUUUGGAGGGUUUGGGGAGACGGACGAGUGGGUAAAGACGAGCUCUUCUUCUGUCAUGGGCGAUGGGUAUGAAGAGUUGGUUUAUGAUAGAUCGCGGUUGGAGGAGUAG